GACGCGCGAAAGAGCGUGCCACAAGCCAAUCAUAGCACGAGGAGGCGGAACUUUUCGCAAAACGGGUGGAAAAGCAAAAACAGUCCAGCGCAACGGUAGGAGGGGAAUAGAGAGAGGCUCCUGCAGGCUGGUAGUAAGAGCCCGCGAUCGCAGGUACAGAGCAGCGAUCAAAUCAGACCUGAUAGAGCUGCACCGGGACUUGCAGAGCGCGCAAAAAGAGAGAGAGAGAGAACCAAAACUGGAAAAAGAGUCUGGACAACAACAGCAAGACCUGUUUCACCAGGUAAAAUGAGUGCAAACUCGUUACAAGGCAGAGAGACCCUCAUAUGACACCCACGAAGCCAAUUUUGACUCGCAGUUGUGAGGCAACGACUUUGGAUUGCUAAAUAAAACAAGAAAAAGACAACAAAUAAACAUCAGGAAAGUGGAUCCCGCUCAGUGAGAAAGAUGAGAAAUAAUUGGUGGUCGACUCAGAGUUCGAGUUUGGAAUACUGGACGACGGUCGCGGUGUGUCUGUUUUGGAUUCAGUGCUCAUGUGGGAUGCCUCAUGUCAUACGAAUAGGGGGGAUUUUUGAACAAACAGAGGGGCCGGUCUCACUUGUCAGUGCAGAAGAGCUGGCCUUUAAAUUUGCUGUUAAUAACAUCAACAGAAACAGGACAUUAUUGCCAAACACAACAUUAACAUAUGAUAUCCAGAGGAUUAAUAUCUAUGACAGCUUUGAGGCCUCAAGAAAAGCUUGUGAUCAGCUGUCUUUAGGGGUAGUGGCCAUAUUUGGGCCUUCUCAUAGCUCCUCAUCAAAUGCAGUACAGUCCAUCUGCAAUGCGUUGGAAGUGCCACACAUCCAGGUGCGGUGGAAACAUCACCCCAUGGACAACAGAGACACGUUCUAUGCCAACUUGUACCCGGACUACUCCUCCCUGAGCUAUGCUAUUCUGGACCUCGUACAGUUCCUGAAGUGGAAAACAGCCACUGUGGUGUAUGACGACAGCACUGGUCUGAUUAGACUGCAGGAGUUGAUAAUGGCCCCAUCCAGAUACAACAUCAGGCUGAAAAUCCGCCAGCUCCCUCUGGACACCACUGAUACCCGUCCGCUGCUGAAGGAGAUGAAGAGGAGCCGAGAGUUCCGCAUCAUCUUCGACUGCAGCCACACCAUGGCUGCGCAGAUACUCAAACAGGCUCAGAUGAUGGGGAUGAUGACAGAGUACUACCACUACAUCUUCACUACUCUGGACCUUAUGGCCAUCAACUUAGAGCCUUACCGUUUCUGUGGGGUUAAUAUGACGGGUUUUCGCAUUCUGAAUGUAGACAAUCCUCAGGUGGCCUCCAUUGUGGAGAAAUGGUCCACAGAGAAGCAGAUUCCUCCUAAACCCGACUCUGGCCUCCUGGAAGGAAUCAUGACGACAGAUGCUGCUCUGACGUAUGACGCGGUCCACAUCGUGUCCGUCUCCUACCAGCACGCGCCGCAGAUGACAGUCAACUCGCUGCAGUGCCACCGCCACAAGCCCUGGAGGUUCGGCGGGCGCUUCAUGAGUUUCAUUAAGGAGUCUCACUGGGAUGGCCUGACUGGACGGUUGUCCUUCAACAGAACCACAGGCUUGCGAACAGACUUUGACCUGGACAUUGUCAACCUGAAGGAGGACGGCUUGGAAAAGGUGGGGAAGUGGAGUGCUUCAGGAGGGCUGAACAUCACCGAGGUCCCCAAGCGAAACGGCAUGAACAUCACCGACUCCCUCUCCAACCGCUCGCUCGUCAUCACCACCAUACUGGAGGAGCCAUAUGUCAUGCUUAAGAAGUCUGACAAGGCGCUUGUUGGCAACGACCGCUUUGAGGGCUUCUGCAUUGACCUGCUGAAGGAGCUGGCCAGCAUCCUGGGCUUUGCCUACGAGAUCCGCCUGGUGCCUGAUGGGAAGUACGGAUUCCAGGAUGACAAGGGCCAGUGGAAUGGAAUUAUAAGGGAGCUUAUGGAGCAUAGAGCAGAUCUGGCUGUGGCUCCUUUAACCAUCACCUUCGUCAGGGAGAGAGUGAUUGACUUCUCCAAGCCCUUCAUGAACACGGGGAUCAGCAUCCUGUACCGCCGGUCCAACAGCACCAACAGCGGCUUCUUCUCCUUCCUCAACCCCAUGACCCCUGACAUCUGGGUCUACAUCCUGCUGGCUUACCUGGGCGUGAGCUGUGUUCUUUUCGUUAUCGCCAGAUUCAGCCCGUACGAAUGGUACGACGCCCACCCGUGUAACCCCAGCUCUGAUGUGGUGGAGAACAACUUCACGCUGCUCAACAGCUUCUGGUUCGGCGUGGGCUCCCUCAUGCAGCAAGGUUCUGAGCUGAUGCCCAAAGCGCUCUCCACGCGGAUCAUAGGAGGCAUCUGGUGGUUCUUCACCCUCAUCAUCAUCUCCUCCUACACGGCCAACCUAGCCGCCUUCCUCACCGUGGAGAGGAUGGACUCACCCGUGGACUCUGCUGACGAUCUGGCCAAACAGACCAAGAUCGAGUAUGGCGUGGUGAAAGAUGGAGCUACGAUGUCAUUCUUUAAGAAAUCCAGAGUAUCAACGUUUGAGAAGAUGUGGGCUUUCAUGAGCAGUAAACAGAGCACAUCACUUGUCAAGUCAAUUGAAGACGGGAUCCAAAGGGUCCUGAAGUCUGACUACGCCCUGCUCAUGGAGUCUACUACUAUAGAGUACGUGACACGCAGGAACUGUAACCUAACCCAAGUUGGAGGCAUUAUUGACAGCAAGGGUUACGGCAUCGGUACCCCCAAAGGCUCUCCAUACAGAGACAAGGUGACCAUCGCCAUUUUGAGUUUGCUGGAGGAUGGACGGCUGCACAUGCUGAAGGAGAAGUGGUGGAGUGGAAGCAGCUGUCAGGAAGAUGAGCGUUAUGAAGCAGGCCCGAUGGGUAUCCAGAACCUGGGUGGCAUCUUCAUCGUCCUGGCUUCAGGCCUGGUGCUGUCCGUCUUUGUGGCUAUAGGGGAGUUCAUCUACAAGCUGCGGAAAACAGCAGAGCGCGAGCAGGUCUUUCUGCAGUGCGGUGGUGGAAGAGAUCAGACUGUCGUUCACGUGCGAGAGAAGAGUGAAGCACAGGCGGCACCACCAGCCGCCGGUCAUGGCGAAGACGGACGCCGUGAUCAACAUGCACACCUUCAACGACCGUCGCCUGCCGGGAAAGGACAGCAUGAGCUGCAACACCGCGAUGACGCCCGUGUUUCCAUGACCUGCCUGGGGGACGGUCACCUGAGACACGUUCCCGGCUCCGCGCCCGACAGCAGGGACUACAGCUCCGAGAUGAUCACGGCAUUCACCAUCAACCGCAGAGACAUCCGCAACCAAACGGCCAACCAGAACGGCGGCAGUAGCAGCAACCCAGGUAACGACCACAUCCUCAAACCAAUGUACCCCACCAUGCCACUGAGGGAGGGAGGCCGCUCCGUGUCCUUCCUGUGAGGGAGCGCCAACUACCGAGCCAGAGCUGUCCGGCCCUGCGUCUGAUGUUUAUGUAUGAAACACAAACACAUGUUCACCAUCUGUUCUCUGGAAAAAUCGAAGGAGCAGCCCCACCCAUGUCCCCCAUCCUGAGAAAAAAAAAAAAAAAAAAAAAAAAGACAAGCAUCUCAUUGGAACAAAACAAAUAAGAGAAAUACGAUUGAAAAGAGGCUUCAUUGAAGCAUGGCAAUAAAUGAACCACAGACAGUGACAAGGGGUGUAGUUUUUUUUUUUCCCCUAGAGUAUCAUUUAUAGCACAUUCGAUUCAUUUUGGAAACUCAGUGCUCUGACUAUUUUUAAAUUGGACUUUGACAAAAAAAAAGCUGAGGGCCUUUGGCACACUUCUAUGGGAGCUUCAUUACAGGCAUGCUUUGGACAUUAAGGUUGGUUUUAUGGGUAAUAUCUGCAGUUAGUCACAGUAUGCGCAGCUCUAGAUCUGCAAGAUCCAAGGAGUCUACAGAGGAAUGUGGCGUCCUCCCUGGUUCACAGAUUGAAUGCACAAAACAAACAGGGUUGACAUAACUCAAGCUAACAAAGCAUAUUGCCGUUUAAAUGAGCAGACUUGUUUUUCUCCCUGAAAUUAAUAACGGUUGUGUCUGUUGUGCCAUGUCUUAUCAUAGUGCCAAGACUAAAUUCAAUUUGUUUGUGCUCUACAUCGUACGUUGCCGCCAGAUGUUUUGUACACAUUCAAUGAUAAUGAGAUGACUGAUUAACACAAUAAUUGCCAAAGAUCUGUCCACUAAAAUGAGUUAGAUAUCUGAAUAUACCAUCCACUCUGAAACAGCAAUGGAGAAGACUGAUGCGGUUUGUGCUCGUCAACGCGCUUAUUGUGCAGAUUUGCAUAUAAAUCCACAUGAUUCACUUUACAGCAAUGCAUUCUGUUUGCUUUUUGCUUACUUUCGCUUAUCUUAUAUAAAUGUGCUACAACCAGGUUUACCAUACUUCAAAAAGCAUAUUUCACGUUUCAUUAACAAACUAUGUAUUUUAGGGAGCUGCAUUCUUCCUUAGACUGCUGUUUCUUUUUUCCACCCCUUUUCAAACAGGGGCUAGAUUUACACAGAUACACAAAGCACUACAUUUUUUUUGAAUCUGGCUAAUGUAGGAUAUCUGAAUGGCCUGGGCUGGAUGGUUAGUCGUGUUUCAGAUAUGAAAUUAGCACAGUGUGUAUCCAUGCUUUUACUUACAUUUCAGUUUCCUUCCUUCUAUUUCUGUCCUCGUUGCCUGGGUCCUUGAGUGAAGAGACUUGCAAAGUGGAUAAAAAAAAAAAUAAUAAGUGGUCCUUGUGUUAUCAUUUACAUGAUGUGCAAUUUCAGUACCGGAAAGCAUUAUAUGCUACAUUGCUACCCUUAGUCUGAAAAUGUAUGUCAUGUCUUCAGUAUAAUUUCUUUUCAUAAUGUUCGAAUCCUCAGAAAGUCUUUUGGUGUACAUUUUCAGCCGGUAUUUAUAAAUGCCGUAGAGAAGGUUUAGCGAUGCGCAGUCAGUUACAUACUGUAUAUAAUCAGCCUGUGAUUUUAUUGUUGUUUUUUGUACUCCAGCACAUUGGAUUUUAAAUGAUACAGUGAUGAAGAGGUUAAAAUACAGAAUUCCAGCUUUAAUUAUUUCUAUAGGCCUUCAGGCACCAUAAGUAACUGGACAAAUACAACUGAGCCAAAACGUUCAAUUAUCAAAUGUUGAUAUACCAUACAUUGUGGUAUAGCAGUGUGUGAACUUGGAACCACCCAAGUAUUCCUUGUAGAAGUUGUGAGGUGUUAUCUUGUGAGUGAGGUUGAACAUUGGCCAGCAUGCUUUGAGCGAGGACUAUAAUAGUUGGUGCCAGAUGGAUGGGACAUUCCGUCACGUGUGUAUCAGGAAUACAUCAUAGAAGGCAUUACCACCCACAGUGGACAGCACAGUGAUUGGUAAUGAUUGAGACCGGUGGCAUCUGGACAGAAUUAGUCGUGCCAACAGGCAACCGACCCCCCACAUAUUUUGCCCUCAAUUCUGUUCUCAGUAAGUGAAAUACACCCUUUGUGGAUUUCGGCCCGGAUGAUUUACUUGCCCCUGAAAAAAUCUGCGACUGUUUUUGGCUCAUGUUUUACAUUACUGUCUUUCUGCAAGGAAAAAAAAAAUCACCAUCUUCUCAUUUUUUUGAGGCAUGAGCUUGGAUCCAGUAUCCUUCAGUACGCAUCAGAAUUCAUUGUGCUGCUGUCAUCAUUAUUAGUAAAGACAAGUGAGUCAGUUCUUCUGUCAGCCAUACAUGCACCUGCCACCAUGUUUCACAGCUUUCUUUUUUCUGCAUUCUUCCCUUUUUCACCAAAAGAACACAUUGACUUUAAGAACUUUUUUCUUUUUGGAAAAACUUAACUUUGCAUCAGCUAAGGUUUUAAAAUAGUCCACGUUACUGAACUGUGACAUAUUUGUCUACACUCUGGACUGUUGUGUACUAUUGAGUCAACCGUUUCUAAAAUCUGAAAUCUAUUCAGCAUUUCCUGUUCAAAAUAUCUAUUCCACUUUUUCAGCUCAUAAUGGCCUGCUUUACUUGCACUGACAUUUCUUUGGCCCUCAAGUUGAAUGACAACAGCAACAAACUCCACAUAUUGAAUCAGCUACAGCUAGGCUUAUUUGCUGGGCCUAUUGAAUAUGAUGCAACCUGAUGCUAAUGAUGCAACAAUUGGCCAAUAAGCAUUUGAGCACUUAACUUGUGUCCAAAAAAUGGGGGGUGGUCUCUGUAUAAAAAGAAGUUGAAUUUCUAUGUGGCUGAAUAAAUAUAGAGGGACACGAGUGAAUAUGCUUGAUUUAAAGCGAACAUUCUGCACUUUAACCUCAUAGCUAUGUAUUAACAAUCAAACACAAAGUGCUGGGUGCAAAUACUGUGCUGCUGUCCAGUUACUUAAGGCAUUCCCUUCUCGCAAUGAACACAAUGUCCUUACCUUCACCUGUGCAUGCAUGUUUGUAGGAGAGGGUGUACGUGCAUGCACGCAGGUGAGUGUUUGAGUGCAUUUCAUCUGGCCAAAGUUUUACAUGCUAAAUGUCCUCAGCUCUUGCUUAGCCUUUAGCUUAUUCGUUUUGCAGGUGUGAGCUAAACGCUUUGUGGCAACAGCUAGGCUUUUAGUCUGCUGGAUCUGAGGCUGUGCUGCAGUCCAGUCUGCCAAUAUGUCCACCAGCCUGACUCUGAAAGGAACAGUCUGACUCAGUCUGAGUUGUCCAGUUUUGAGAAUUCAGCUCAGCCUUGAGAUUUGCUAUUUUGGGUUCUCCUGGAAAUAGCCAUCGGACGUUAUAAUACGCGGUCGGACAGAAUAACGGAAUGGAGCGGAAAGGAUCCUCUUUUUUAUUCUGGCUUAUUUCACUUAGAUAAUGAGCCGAAUUAAGCGGCGGUUCCCAUAGACUGCAUUAGGCUAGGCUCAGUGUCAAAGGUUCCCUUAGUCUCUGUUGUGUAAAUGUGACAAACCAUACAAAUGACCAGUGUUAGCAUUAUGAGAUGUAGGUGCUAAGAGUCUUCACUUGCUGCCUUUUCAGGCAGCACAAAAGACUGCAUACCUCUGUGAGGUAAAUAUAAAGGACAGUGUUAAAAGCAUUUUGAGUUCUUUUUAUUGGAGAUAACGUACUGAUCAAAAUAACUCCAAUUCAUGUGAUUUGGUGUUGACUCGGUGAAAGCUCAUUGUGUAAGUGUAAUUUAAAUCCAGUGUAAUUUUAACACCCUCUUGCAAAGUAGACUAUAUAUUAGAUGAAAAGGAAAAUUACUGUAUUUUGCUAAACACUGAUUUUUACCUGUACAUUUGUUUUUUUCUUUUUCUUUUAUUUCCCAGCACCAUUCCUCUUUUUAAUCUGACAAAUACUGUAUCAGAAAUUGUACAUGCGUUUUGUAGUAUAGGAUCUGUUCUAUGGCUAUACUUAAGAUGAUGGAUUUAGAGGACAAUGAUGAUAUCUCUAAACCUUAUUACCCAACAAGCCAAUUCAUUAACAUCAGGGGUUGAUAUCAAUAUACCACUAUCAAAUGGACAAAGGAAAGAGUUUGAUGUAUGUAUCCCCCCCUUUUUUAAAUAGAGGAAAAACUAAUGUAUUCAUAUCAAGUGUAUGUAAAUAAAGAAUAGUAUUUGAUUCUCAGAGCAGUAGCUGUGAUUGCUUUAGAGGAAGGUCUGAUUUUAUCAUGGUUUCUCACUCUCCUUCUGCACCAUUUGUGGCUCUUUGGAUCAGCGUUAACUUUUGUUGCACAGAUCUUCACAGGUUUGGUUUAAAACAUCAUGAGAUCACAAUGUGGGAUAAUGCCUUUCUUCCAACAUGUAUCCCUGUACUAGUCGAAAAGAUACAGACUGAACUACUACAUUAGAACAUCUAUAAAUAAAUUCAAUCCAAUUUGGUAAAUUAAAAAAAAACAAACAGACUGAACAUUUCUUUACACGUAAGAUCUUCAGAUAUUGUGGUACUAUGAGCAUUUUGAGAUUUUUGUAAAAUAUAAGCAGAAUUAUCCUUACACUGUGAGAAAUAAAUUUGAUUAUUUAAAUGUAUCCUUUACAUUGCCAGUGUGAAGAUCACCUUACCCAUAUAUUUCUCUAUACUUUAUGAACCGAAUAUUAUAAAGAAUCAAACUUUCUUCUUUUCUUUUUUUUUUUUUUCGUUCUGUAUUGAUUGCAACUUAACAUAGAAAAUUUAGUUUGGGUAUUUGAAUCAGUCCUAUUUAUGGAGCAUAAACCUCUAUUUUAUAAAAGAAUGAAUACGCAAUGUGAAUACUGUUGUUUUGCAAAAAUUAUAUGAAACAAAAGAAAAUAAAACAGACUUUUACAGAAUGUGUGACCCAUUAAUAUUUUUCCUUUGGUGAUGAUUACGUUCCCUUUAUUUGACUUUUAUCUGUCGGGGAGGGGUGUUGCACUUGAUCAUCUAUUAGGAAACAUGUAAAUCAUACGGCUGAUCUCAUGGUGCCGCCCAGGGUUUAUUUGUGAAGAUGAAGAAUUUCUAUGAAUAUAGUUUUUUGUAAUGUUUUGUAUUUUCUUUUAUUAGUAAUAGUAUGUGUUGAGAGAAAAUAAAUAGUAUAUCUGAUAUUGAUCAAAAGGGAGACUUAUGAAGACAGGAGAGUGAGUGAAUUAUUUUUCUUUUGACACACUGUGAAUAAUUCAAUUGUACAGAUUGCUGUAUGGGUUAUAUGCUUUUGAAAUUUUGAAUAAAAAUAUAUGAAAUAUU